AUGGAAAGAAGGCUACUAAAGAAGGAAAUGAAAAAACUCCUGGGAGAUUAUAUUGGCAUCAGACUUCGGGAAAAUGAAUUUGACCCAAAAGGAAGAAGGCAACUCACCUUUCUAGAUGAUAUGGCACACUAUGACUUGGCCAUCAAUGUUGCUCUGCAGUGGCUGGAUCACUCAGAAGAUUUAACUUGGCUGGAGUGGGAGAGAGUGAAAAUGCCAUUUCGGGGUAGACCCAUAUAUCCAAACCACAGAGAACGAGAAGCAAUGAUUUUAUCGUCUUAUGCUGGAAUCUUAAUGAACAGUAUCCCAAUUGAGGAAGUCUUUAAAAUUUAUGGGGCUGAUUCUUCUACCAAUUCUUGUGCUACCAAGGUUCCCAGAGCUCCACCCUUCCACCUCUCCUUGCACCCUUUUGCCAUGUUAACAGCACCCAAAGCAGCAGAAUAUGCCCGCAAACAGAGUGUCAAGUUAAGAAGGGGAGCAACGAAUCAAAAUACCACCAGCAGCUCUACAAAGGAAGCAAAUGUCACAGAAUGGAAACCAUAA